CGAUGAACUAAAUAUUGACCGGCAGGGAGUCAAGGUCGGUGAAGCUUGAAAGCACCAGAGAGAGCUCAGAUUCACGAGAGUCUCUUUGGAGCAACCCUGCUUUGCGCUGCCGUCCUCGGAUCUUCCAUCCUCCUCUCCUCUUCUGGUUUAGGUACGUUUUUUGAAAAAGGGUAGAUCCCUUUUUAAUUUUUUUGUUUGAUUCUUUACCUGGGGAUUUCAAUUCAAUUCAACAAGCCAUGAAUUCUAAUUUCGGGAAGAAUUUUGAGUUUGAUCUGGGGCUCGGAUCUUCUCGCUCCAAAUCACUCAACGAUCAGAAAAACAAAACCCAAUCCUAUUCAUCCUACACUUCCUCUGCUUCCUCCUACUCUUCCACCCCCACCAGGCCGGCCUGGCAGCCUAACAAGCCCUCAUGGACGCAUCAGCCCGCGAUGAAUCAGGCUGCUCGUCCUAACUUGUCUAAUUCCCCCGCUUCCAUGGUUGGUGAUAUAUUUGGGAAGACCUGGGGUUCCACGGCGACUUCCGGUUCCACGGCGGGUAUUGGAAUUGUUGAAAAGAAUCCGAAUCUGUUCGGCGAUUUGGUCGGUUCUGCCUUGGGAUCGGGUAAGAGCAAUUCGAAUACUCCAUUGAAGAAUGUGGGUCCGGCUUCGGUGUCAUCCGGUGCCGCAUUGAAUAGAAAUUCGUUUUCGAUGGGAAAUAUGAACGAUUCCUUGCCUAAAUCCAGUAGUAAUCCGAGUAAAAAUAGUGGAAAUUGGAGUUUUGAUAAUCUUAGCAAUUACAAUAACGGGAAAAGUAAUCAGAGUAAUACCACCAAUAUCAAGACUCCCAAUCUCGGAGGUCCAAGCAUGAGUUCAACCAUCGGCGGUGGUAAGACGAGCUCUACCAAAGAUCCCUUUGGUUCUUUAGUUGACUUUGGAUCUAAAUCAUCUGGGAAUCUGAAUUCAACCACUAAGAAUCAAAAUAUCAAAUCAAGCGAGGACUCAUUUGGGGAUUUCCAGAAUGCUCCUAAUCCAAGCACUACAACAUUUCCUUCAAGCAGAUCAAACACAAAUGGAGUUGAUUUCAAGGGAUCAAGUUUUAAUUCUGGCAUAAACAUGGGUGAUUUUGGAAUGCCUACAAUGGAUUUUCAUUCCAAGGUUCAAGAUACUGUUCAGACCACAGCCAGUGAUCCACUUGAUAUGUUGUUUAGCUCAUCCAAAGCCCCAGCUGAAGGGCCUUCCUUGGCAUCUGACACACCUGGAGCAUCGCAAUCAUUGGAUGCCGAUGAUUGGGGAUUGGAUUCGGACUUUGGGGGAGGUGGCCAUGACGUGGGUGGUUCAACAACUGAGAUUGAAGGACUUCCACCACCUCCUGCGGGGGUGACAGCUUCUUCAGCAAAGAACAAGGGAGUCGAUGUCUACAGGCAGGGGCAAUACGCCGAUGCUAUUAAGUGGCUUUCUUGGGCUGUCAUUCUUUUUGAGAAAACUGGUAACAAUGCUGCCAUAGUUGAAGUUUUGUCGACACGAGCUUCGUGCUACAAAGAAGUUGGGGAAUAUAAGAAAGCUGUAGUUGAUUGUACAAAGGUAUUGGAUCAGGACGAUGCAAAUGUGACUGUUCUCGUUCAGCGUGCACUUCUAUAUGAAAGUAUGGAGAAAUACAAACUUGGAGCCGAAGACCUGAGGGCUGUCCUGAAGGUCGAUCCAGGUAACAGAGUUGCGAGAAGCACAAUUCACCGGUUGACUAAGAUGGCAGGGUAAAGGUUCUUAUCACAAUUUUGGCUGAUGAAGUUUCUUGAAUAUAGAAUCACACUGGUUCCUCUCAUGCUAUCUAAAUUUGGUGGUGUAAUGACUCCAUUUUUCGAUUACAUGGUUUGGUUUUGUAUGUGUGCCCCCGUCCCUUGUGAUGCUUUUAAAAUACAUUACGUACUUGUAUUGUUUAUGACACAAAAGAAAAAAUCUGUGCUCUAGUUGAUUGUUCUUGUACGAUGGCCAUGAAAUUCAAUAUAUUCAAUUGCUUUUCGUGUC